AUGCGCCGUGCGACGACCCAGGAUUCGCCGCGCCCGCGCUCGCGCUCACGCUCCACGUCCCCCGGGGCAGCCGCUGUCGACGGCAAGGCUCGCGAGGACAGCGUCGACGCGGCCGCGCGCACGGCGGAGGACCUACGGAUGCCACGCGCGAGCAAGGUCCCUAGCAGCUUACUAUGCCUGCCGUCCAACAACCAACCCCACUGCGCUUCUAUCCAACCGCCGCCGCUGCCAGUGCUUCAGAGCAGCAACCAGGGCGCGAAUCGUCCGCGCCGUCGGACACCGUCGAUUGAUCCCACACCGCCCGCGCCGUCGAACCACGCCGCACGCACACACAACGCACGCGCCGUCGAAUCACGCCGCACGCACAAACGACAGCAGGCUGAGUCGGUGCGUGCUGCUUCUGUCCCGCGCCGUCUCACUCAUUCCGCUGCCAGCCGUCCACUUAAUCGACGUAUCGUGCGCCGCAAACGGUCCGCGACGCACGCGCUCCAGCGAUACUCACCUGGCGCGCACGCCAUCACCAUCACUAGCUACUCACAUGCACUCCCCGCUAUCUAA